CGUCCGGGUCGGGUGGCGCAUGCGCCUCGGAGGCCGGGAGCAAAGAGGGCUGGCCCAGGCGAGCGGGGUCAGCUGUAGAGGCGUGGGUGACUUCGCCACCGGGAGCUGCUCCGGCUCCAGCGCCCGGGCCGCUGGCCUUUGGAUGGAGAGUCUUCGCCGGUGACUGUCGUUUCAGCCCUCCCUGUGUGGACACGAGUUGGAUUCCUACGAGUGCAGUUUCCGUGGUCGGGGGACAUUUGGUUGCUCUGCUGUGCUCCGUCACCUCCUCCUAAAGAUGCAUCCUGACUUAUCUCCACACUUGCACACUGAAGAAUGCAACGUCUUGAUUAACUUGCUUAAGGAAUGUCACAAAAAUCACAGCAUUCUGAAAUUUUUUGGUCAUUGCAAUGAUCUUGACCGGGAGAUGAGAAAAUGCUUGAAGAAUGAGUACAUGGAAAAGAGGACCAAGAGCAGGGAGCAUGGCAAUGCGAUGAGACAAAGACUUUCUAAUCCCGCAGAGGAAUCUGAAAAAUAAAUGACAGGCAUACCUUGUUUUA